AGUGAUGACAACAAGCCCAUGCUGUUUGUCUUCCACGGUGGAUCCGGUUCGGACGUCAAAGACAUUCAGUACGCCAUUGAAGCGGGCGUCGUCAAGAUGAACAUUGACACGGACACGCAGUGGGCCUUCUGGGACGGUGUCCGCGAGUACGAAGCCACCAACCGCGAGUACCUGCAGGGACAGAUUGGUAACCCCGACGGUGCCGACAAGCCCAACAAGAAGUAUUACGAUCCCCGUAUGAGUCUCCGGGCCGGGGAAGAAGCCAUGGCCGCGCGUCUGUGCCAAGCUGCUGAAGACCUCAAGUGCAACGGCGUGCUCAACUAA